AUGGACACAGUCAGACACCAAGGACACAGUCAUAGACACCAAGGACACAGUCAGACACCAAGGACACAGUCAGACACCAAGGACACAGUCAUAGACACCAAGGACACAGUCAGACACCAAGGACACAGUCAUAGACACCAAGGACACAGUCAGACACCAAGAACACAGUCAGACACCAUGGACACAGUCAGAGACACCAAGGACACAGUCAGAGACACCAAGGACACAGUCAGAGACCAAGGACACAGUCAGACACCAAGGACACAGUCAGACACCAAGAACACAGUCAGAGACACCAAGGACACAGUCAGACACCAAGAACACAGUCAGACACCAUGGACACAGUCAGAGACACCAAGGACACAGUCAGAGACACCAAGGACACAGUCAGAGACCAAGGACACAGUCAGACACCAAGGACACAGUCAGACACCAAGAACACAGUCAGACACCAAGGACACAGUCAGAGACACCAAGGACACAGUCAGACACCAAGAACACAGUCAGACACCAUGGACACAGUCAGAGACACCAAGGACACAGUCAGAGACACCAAGGACACAGUCAGAGACACCAAGGACACAGUCAGAGACACCAAGGAUACAGUCAGAGACACCAAGGACAAGUCAGAGACACCAAGGACACAGUCAGAGACACCAAGGACACAGUCAGAGACACCAAGGACACAGCCAGACACCAAGGACACAGUCAGACACCAAGGACACAGUCAGACACCAAGGACACAGUCAGACACCAAGGACACAGUCAGACACCAAGGACACAGUCAGAGACACCAAGGACACAGUCAGAGACACCAAGGACACAGUCAGAGACACCAAGGACACAGUCAGAGACACCAAGGACACAGCCAGACACCAAGGACACAGUCAGACACCAAGGACACAGUCAGACACCAAGGACACAGUCAGACACCAAGGACACAGUCAGACACCAAGGACACAGUCAGACACCAAGGACACAGUCAGACACCAAGGACACAGUCAGAGACACCAAGGACACAGUCAGAGACACCAAGGACACAGUCAGAGACACCAAGGACACAGUCAGAGACACCAAGGACACAGACAGACACCAAGGACACAGUCAGACACCAAGGACACAGUCAGACACCAAGGACACAGUCAGACACCAAGGACACAGUCAGACACCAAGGACACAGUCAGACACCAAGGACACAGUCAGACACCAAGGACACAGUCAGAGACACCAAGGACACAGUCAGAGACACCAAGGACAAGUCAGAAACACCAAGGACACAGUCAGAGACACCAAGGACACAGUCAGACACCAAGGACACAGUCAGACACCAAGGACAUACUCAGAGACACCAAGGACACAGUCAGAGACACCAAGGACACAGUCGGAGACACCAAGGACAAGUCAGAGACACCAAGGACAUACUCAGAGACACCAAGGACACAGUCAGAGACACCAAGGACACAGUCAGAGACACCAAGGACAUACUCAGAGACACCAAGGACACAGUCAGAGACACCAAGGACACAGUCAGAGACACCAAGGACACAGUCAGAGACACCAAGGACACAGUCAGAGACACCAAGGACACAGUCAGAGACACCAAGGACAAGUCAGAGACACCAAGGACAUACUCAGAGACACCAAGGACAUACUCAGAGACACCAAGGACACAGUCAGAGACACCACGGACACAGUCAGAGACACCAAGGACACAGUCAGAGACACCAAGGACACAGUCAGACACCAAGGACACAGUCAGAGACACCAAGGACACAGUCAGAGACACCAAGGACACAGUCAGAGACACCAAGGACACAGUCAGAGACACCAAGGACACAGUCAGAGACACCAAGGACACAGUCAGAGACACCAAAGACACAGUCAGACACCAAGGACACAGUCAGAGACACCAAGGACACAGUCAGAGACACCAAGGACACAGUCAGACACCAAGGACACAGUCAGCCACCAAGGACACAGUCAGACACCAAGGACACAGGCAUAGACACCAAGGACACAGUCAGAGACACCAAGGACACAGUCAGAGACACCAAGGACAUACUCAGAGACACCAAGGACACAGUCAGAGACACCAAGGACACAGUCAGAGACACCAAGGACAAAGACACCAAGGACACACUCAGAGACACCAAGGACACAGUCAGAGACACCAAGGACACAGUCAGAGACACCAAGGACACAGUCAGAGACACCAAGGACACAGUCAGAGACACCAAGGACACAGUCAGAGACACCAAGGACACAGUCAGAGACACCAAGGACACAGUCAGAGACACCAAGGACACAGUCAGAGACACCAAGGACACAGUCAGAGACACCAAGGACACAGUCAGAGACACCAAGGACAAGUCAGAGACACCAAGGACAAGUCAGUCAGAAGGACACAGUCAGAGACACCAAGGACACAGUCAGAGACACCAAGGACAAGUCAGAGACACCAAGGACACAGUCAGAGACACCAAGGACACAGUCAGAGACACCAAGGACACAGUCAGAGACACCAAGGACACAGUCAGAGACACCAAGGACACAGUCAGAGACACCAAGGACACAGUCAGAGACACCAAGGACACAGUCAGAGACACCAAGGACACAGUCAGAGACACCAAGGACACAGUCAGAGACACCAAGGACACAGUCAGAGACACCAAGGACACAGUCAGAGACACCAAGGACACAGUCAGAGACACAGUCAGAGACACCAAGGACACAGUCAGAGACACCAAGGACACAGUCAGAGACACCAAGGACACAGUCAGAGACACCAAGGACACAGUCAGAGACACCAAGGACAUACACAGAGACACCAAGGACACAGUCAGAGACACCAAGGACACAGUCAGAGACACCAAGGACAUACUCAGAGACACCAAGGACACAGUCAGAGACACCAAGGACACAGUCAGAGACACCAAGGACAAGUCAGAGACACCAAUGACAUACUCAGAGACACCAAGGACAUACUCAGAGACACCAAAGACACAGUCAGAGACACCAAGGACACAGUCAGAGACACCAAGGACACAGUCAGAGACACCAAGAACACAGUCAGAGACACCAAGGACACAGUCAGAGACACAGUCAGAGACACCAAGGACACAGUCAGAGACACCAAGGACACAGUCAGAGACACCAAGGACAUACUCAGAGUCAUCAAGGACACA